CGAAAUGACGCCUGGACGACAACAACGUUCUGCAACAAACUAAGUACCAAGCAGAGCCUUUGAUUGAACAGACAGUUCUAUACAACCAUAUUUCACGUGUUGGUUUGAUCGUAUGACGGAAAUUAUCUUACACGUAAAGAGUAUUUAUAAAACAUGCCAAAGAAAAAGACGGGCGCGCGAAAAAAGGCCGAGAAGCAACGAGCAAGGCAAAAGGACAUCCAAGCCGCAUCGGGAAGGAAUAAAGCAUUGAUUGAACACCCGUGCAAUCUACAAAUGGAAUGCGACAAAUGCAAAAUGAGACAAAAGAGCAGAGCAUUUUGUUAUUUCUGUAAUGCUCUACAGAAGCUUCCUGUUUGUGGACAUUGCGGUAAAUCCAAGUGUAUGAUGAAGACUGGUGACUGUGUUAUCAAACAUGUUGGAACGUUUACGACUGGUCUUGCCAUGGUGGGAGCGGUUUGUGAUUUUUGUGAAACUUUCAUUUGUCAUGGAAAGAAGUGCCUGACAACACAUGCGUGUGAGUGCCCGCUGAGAGAGGCGGAUUGCUUGGAGUGUGAAAGAGGGGUGUGGGACCAGGGUGGGAGGAUGUUCCGGUGUGCUUACUGUGACAAAUUCUUAUGUGAGGAUGAUCAAUUUGAACACCAGGCCAAGUGCCAAGUACUGCAGUCAGAGUCAUAUAAGUGUGGCUCCUGCAAUCGACUGGGCCAGUAUUCCUGUUUGCGGUGUAAGGUGUGUUUUUGUGAGGACCAUGUGCGGCGCAAGGGGGUGAAAUACACACGUGGCCAGGCCAUCCCUUGUCCAAAAUGUGGACAUGAUACUAAGGAGACAAAAGAACUCUCCAUGUCAACAAGGACACAUGCAUAUGGCCGCCAAAUGCAAGAUGAUGAUGAUGAUGAUGACUAUGGUGGCAGUGGUGGUUUUUCUUAUGGGGGUUAUGGUUCUUCUGCAUCUACACAAAACUAUGGUGAUGAUGAUGAUGAUGACGACGACGAUGAGGAUUACGAUGAAGAUGAUGACAAUGAUGAAAGUGAAGAAGAAGACGAUGACAUGGAGAAAGAAGGAGAUGUUGAAGAUGAGACAAGUGACAAAGACAGUGUCAUGGCAAAGAUGGCACAGCUACAAAUGCCAGACAAAGAUGGCUAACAUUUUAAUGUCAGGGUUGUCCCUAAAGGCCAGCCAAACAAAAAAAUAUAUUUGCUGCUGAUUAAAGACUAGUGAACUACA